CACACCGCAGCGCUGGUCAUCGUCCUCACCAUCUCGUGCAUCCUCUUCACCUUCACCGACAGCGUCCUCGGCCGCGACCAGAAGCUCUACUACGGCAUCGCCACGCCGCGCGGUUUCAACGUCUUCAACUUCUCAGACGAAGAGGAGAAGCUGCAGUGGACUCCAGCCGAGUUCCGGAGGCUCCGCAUCCAGCCGCUCGACUUCGUACGCGCCGUCUUCACGGCCCUGGUGUUCCUCACCGUGGCUUUCAGCGACGUGGCGCUGCAGAACUGUUUCUUCCCAAGUGCCGGCAGGAACACCGAGGAGCUUUUGAAGAACCUGCCACUGGGCAUCGCAUUUCUGUCCAGUUUCGUGUUCAUGAUCUUCCCCACAAAGAGGAAGGGCAUUGGCUACACCGACACCACUCCUCGCCAAAAGCUCACUUGA